AUGUCCGACUACGGCGGCGACCACGAAGCUGAAGAAACUUAUGACUACGAGCCCGAUCAGACCUACGAUGACAUUGAGCCCGAAGACUUCCUGAACCCUGAAGACAUCGAAGGUGAAGAAGGCGCGGAGGGCUAUGAGGAGGGCUACGGGGGCGCUGUGAACGGAGAACGUGUGGUCGUUUCUGGUGACCCGAAUGCUGGAUAUUCAGGAAAGGUGGUUGAACAGGCACGGGCAAAGAAGAUCCCCAACGACCAGCGCACGACGACUCCAUACAUGACCAAAUAUGAGAGAGCGCGUGUUUUGGGUACGCGAGCAUUGCAGAUCAGUUUGAAUGCGCCGGUGCUUGUGGAUCUCGAGGGAGAGACGGAUCCGCUGCAGAUUGCCAUGAAGGAGCUUGCGCAAAAGAAGAUCCCUCUUAUUGUGAGGAGAUACCUGCCGGAUGGAACAGAGGCUGCGUAUGGCCGAAUGCUUCAGUCACCGCAAGCAAGGGCCAUAGAUCACGGUGCCCUGAUGCCCUACAGACCGUUUUCAGGUCGCCUGUCCAAGUACGGCAUACUCAAGGAAACUUAUCGCGACCUCACAGGAAACCGCGCCUGA